AUGGCGGCCCGCUGGGCGGGCGGGCACUCCGGCGCCGUGCUGUGCCUCGGGGCGAGCCGCGAAGGGCUGGUGGCCUCGGGAGCCGAGCGGGGCGAGCUGGCGCUGUGGGGCGGCGAGGGAGUCCCGGCGGGGCGGCUUCGGCUGCCCCCGGCCGACGACGUGACCUCGGUGGCCUUCUCCCCGCGCUGCCCCAGCCGCCUGUACGCUUCCCACGGGGCCGCCGUGGUCGUGCUGGACGCGCGGGCCCUCGCCGAGCCCGUGGAGCGCCUGCAAGUCAACGAGGAGGAGAUCAACUGCCUGGCGGUGAACGAGGCCGACGGCUUCUUGGCCGCGGCGGACGAUUCCGGGGCAAUAAAGGUGGUGGAUCUGGAGAGCAAGAAAGUCUGCCGGUCCUUGAGGCACUCAAACAUCUGCUCCUCCGUUGCCUUUCGCCCUCAGAGGCCUCAGAGCCUCGUCUCGUGCGGACUGGACAUGCAGGUUAUGCUGUGGAACCUGCAGAAAGCUCGCCCCCUGUGGACCACAAACUUGCAGGAGUGUGAAACAGAAGACAAUCCACAGUCAGCUGGCCAGCUCUUUAACCCUCCACUUGCACAUUCCCUGUCCGUAGCAUCAUGCGGCAACAUCUUUGGCUGCGGAGCCCAAGAUGGUAAAGUUAGAAUAUUCAGAGUCACUGGCGUCAAGUUCGAACAUGAGCUGGAGUUUAAAGGGCACAGCUUAGGAGUAUCACAGGUCCUCUUUAUGCCAGAAACGUACUGGUUGUUGACUGGAGGAAACGAUGGGAAAGUCUUGCUGUGGGAUGUCAGCGGUGAUGUGGGAAAGCAGCAGAAAAGCCCAGCCAAGUCCCUCCAGAGAAGGAAGGCCCAAGCAUCUGCUUCCACCAGAAAAGAUGGAAAGCUCAACAAAGCAGCUUCAAAUGACCAUGCUAGAAUUUUACCAAAGCUAACCAUUGAGCAUGGAGAGAAAGUGAACUGGCUCACGUGCACAGAGAUCAAAGGCUCCAGGAGAGUAUUAGUUGCUGAUCAGAGUAGUUCUAUAUCUGUUUAUCCGUUGCCAGAAUCGUAGCCACCGAAACGUCGACAAACUUGCAGUGAAGAAUCAUUCCUCGGCAUUUGAAAUAUGAGAGCAGUUAAGUCCAUCGACGGUGGAUUGAACAAUGAACCCUGCUGCACCCUCAGCAACAGCAGGGGGUCAGCUGUGUUCUCACACAAGCACUCGUGAUGUAAUUGGCCUGGUGCUCUAUUUUCAGCAGCUCGCAGUGUUUGCUGCAGCUGCUAUUUAAAGGUUGACAAUUUGUGUCCUGAACUUAAGUGAAAGUGAUUUCAAUAGAUUUAAGGAUAAUAUUAGUGCACGACUGACCUGAUAUAAUUAAGGUUGGAGGAAUAAAUUCACGCUAGCAGGGAAAUCCACAAUGCUAAGUGAGGAUGCUGAGCAGUAACAGAGAUGCAACUGGCUGAGCUCCUUGCAUUUGCAGCUAUUUUGGUGCUUUACUUUAAUUUCCUUGUUAAACUGUGUCACAAUUAGCUUGAAUUGGAUCUAGUAGAAAUAUGUUUUUCGUUAUUUUGCAUAUAAGACUAGAGAAGCAUCAACUAACGAGUAAUCAAAGUACUUAGACAGUCAUUGUCAAUGGGAUUUUUUCCACACUGCAGUAAACAAAGGAGCAGGAGAAAAUGGGAACAUCUGUUUAAUGGGUCAGCUGUCAUAGGCAGUUAGCUGUGUGUAUCCCAAAGAGAAAAAUAACUGUUACCUUUGUCUUAAUAAAUGCUUCCUCUCACUGCU